ACAACGAAACAGUCCAAAGCAGGCGAAUUUUCCUUUUUCUCAUUUCUGUAAGAUAAGAAUGGAAGCAACUAGUAAUACUCCUUUCAAACUUCCCCUUUGGUCCGAGUGGGCAGUCCACGUAAAGGGAAAAGAAAAAAAAUGCAGUAAUUGCACCUCUAGUAUUUCACCGUUAAAGGAGCUGGCUAUCCAGUCACUUUUCAAGUACCUGAAGCAGAUAAACAAAUAUCAUGAAAUUCCAAAGAUACUGCAAGAUAACUUUAUCCCACCUGUGCUGUAUGUUGAUGUGGCCUGUUUACUGUUUGCAUCCAAACAGUGGUGUGCCCUACGCUCAUUGGUUGCCUACUGGCCGUUUGAAACCUUUCAGCUUUCUCAAAUAAUCCAUGUCACCUGCUCUCAGUGUUGGCUAGCUUUUCUUGAAUCAGAUGAUUUCGAGGAUCCAGAAAAAGAAGGUGGGGAUACUGAAAGACAACUGUUUCGAAAGGUUUUCAAGCAUGUCUUGGAUGGAUUUUUUGUUGUUGUCAAAAGAACCUUGGAGAAUGAAGGUCAAGUAAGCCCUCUACGAGUGCUGGAUCUGACACUGGAUACUUCUCAAGAGAUUCGCAGCUUCAUGUGGGAGGAUGAAUUUCGUCGACUAGGAAGAAGAAUAACAAAGAUCCUUGAUGUCUGUAUCCUAGCCGGGUUGCAUAAGAAAAUGCGAAGUUGCAAGAAAUUGGCCAUGAAACAGAAAAAUUCAGUGGCAUCAGCAACCAGACGAUCAUCCAACACUUGGGAAGCGAAUGAUGUAAUCGGUUAUUGGCAACCGGAAGUGGAGAACAAUUCCGGCGCAGCUGCUGUUGAUGGGGCUACGGGUACUUGUGAAUCCACGUUUGAGAUUUCAACGUGGGACGAGGAGACACCAGUUAUGUCAGCUACUCCUCCGUCAGUGGGUUCAACCGGCAACAAGUACGAUGAUGCUUAUUGGCAAGGGGAAAAGACUCCACCGGAAAUUGGUGUAUGGAAUGGAAAUGCGCUGGAUUUUAGCCAUCUGACGGAUAUGCCAUUUUUUAACAUCACUAUAGACGCAUCCAUUUCAGAGAAAUCAAGUGACAUUUUGAGUUGGAUUCACCAACGCUACGAUGAAUUUGCUCCUUCACCUAGUCCAGUUACCGUCACAGUCCGCUUUCUGGAAGUAAACUUGCAUGAAGAGCGCAAACUCGAGGCGUUGAUGGAUCAACUACCGGAACACUUUAUUGGUCUCAAAUUUAUUGAGAUUUGUGAGCGUCGCAGUGCUCUGACUUUGGCAUCACACAUGGGUCAUUUUACUUCAGUUCGUUGCCUAGAUUUGGGUAGCUGUGCUUUCGAUCUUACCGAUCACCCGCAAGCUGUUGAAUUAAUGGCCGUUGCCUUGAGCCAGUUACCUCGGUUAGAACGACUCAGUCUGGCACAUAAUCGAUUGGCUGGAUGCUUGGCUGACCUCCUGACUCCACUUCAACGCGGACUCGAGUUGCUCGAUUUGUCUUCUUGCUGCCUCAACGACGAAGAUCUUGGCUAUCUCGGAGAAUCAGCUCAUCGGAAGACAAUGCGAUCCCUUAGUUUAGCUGCCAAUGAGCUGGGCUUGCAGUGGGAACAAAUUCUACCUUUGAUCAAUAAUCUUGGAAACAGUAGUAACCUUCGAAUCCUCGAUUUGAGUUCGAAUGAGUUUGUUGAAUCGCAGUUAACGGUGUUGAGUCGAACCACGCUCGGUCCGUUGUCAGCGCUCUCUUUGCUGGAUUUGUCCUGGCACGAAUUGUCUUUAACCUCGUUGGUUUCAAUCGUUGAGUUACUGGCAUCAAAGACAAACCUUCGCACAUUUUGUCUUUCAACUCCAAUCGAUAUGAUCGAGAAUGGGUACGAUCAGCCCGAUAGUUGGCAACUCUUUGUCAACUUUACAGAGGCACUGACUGCCAAACAUCGUGAAGGAUUACGACCUUCACUUACUCUGCAUUGGUGUCUGAUGUAAGCUUGUACUUGUAUGUAAACUAUUUUGAGAUCCAUUUUGUUUACUUCAAUAAAGAAAUGAUUGUGUACCAA